UCCAUUGCACGUGCAAUGUGUACUCCGGCGUGUUAAUCCGACAAAAUGUCCACAUCUUUGUUCGAGCAAUUACAACGUCUGAAAGCUCCCCAGACGGGAGUCGUAGCAGACUCCAAGAAGCGAGCCUCCAUACUAUUCGAUCCCAAAGAGGCUGCCACCAAGGAUCGUCGCACAAUUUAUGAUUUGGGUAUACAUGGCCUGCAAGAGCUCAUAGUGCUCAAUCCCACAUUUCAACAAUUCGAGCAAACCCUAUUCGAUGAGAAUACCCUGCAAAUGGAGAGGGCUGUAGAGUUACAGGAAGUCAAUGAGUUGUUGAAUCGAAACAUAAAAAAAUUUCUACAACAUCUGAGCCCCUAUUUUCUGCUCAGACCAGCCCAUAUGUGUCUGGAAUGGCUGGUGAGGCGUUUCCAAGUGCAUGAAUAUAAUCGCAGUGAAUUGAUGGCCUUGGUCUUGCCCUAUCAUGAAACAAAUGCCUUUGUCAAGGUUAUACAAACAUUUCGUUUGAAGGAGUCGGACAAGGAUUGGUAUUGGCUAAAGCCUCUACAGAAACCUGGAAAACCUUUGGCCAAGUCUACCAUAUUGAAUAAGGCAGCCACUGAUAAGGGCUUCUUGAGUUUUGUAUGUAAAAUUACCAUAGAGGCCAUUAAGGAGUUGGGACCCCAAGCCCAUCUGUUGCAAACGCAAAUGAAUUUUUAUGGCUCAGUGGUGGUGGGUGCCCUGGAGGCGGCCGCCUCAGCUAUACAAGAAUGGCACAUCAGCACUGUUCUACCUUCUCUCAUCAAAGGUUUGACGUCAGAGACCAUAGAUUUUGUAUCCUCGUCGUAUAUCAUAGCCGCCCGCUUGUUGGUGGCCCGUACCCAGGUGACACCAAAACUGUGCAACGCUCUUCUAACAAAAGUGGCUGCUGUGAAAUUUGAGCGUUUGCAACGUACUGCUGUCCUAUUGCUUAUAUGGAUUUUUGAUAGUCAAAAAUCCUCACAACCCAAAUUCAAUGAGAAUACCCUGCUGCGUUUGGUACAAGAAAAGUGGUUGAUAAACAUUUUGGCAACUUUAGCCAAAGAGAAUGUAGACAUUCAAGCCCUUUGUCUAGCGCUGAUAAAGGACUCUGUUUAUGCCAUACAUGAAGAACAUGCACAAACAGCAGUUUUCCAAAAGUUUCUGGAUACUCUUAUUGGAGAGGUGGUCUUCCCCCAAAGUACAGCUCAAAGUAUCAUCAGCACAUUUUUGGACUGCUAUACACCCACAGCUGCUGCAUCCCCCAGCAACAAUUCAUCGACUUUGAAAGAUGGUGAUGUCAUUGAAUUAGAUUCCGAGGAGGAUGAAGCAAUGCCUAAUGUAAAUUUCCAAUCUUGGUAUUCGGAUUAUUUGCACAAAUUGGAACGACAAUAUCCCACAGCCUUCGAUUUGACUAUUAAAGAGUCGUUGUCGAGCAAAAAUUUGGAAACCUCUGUAAAUCGCAGCAAAGCUUUAAAAAUGGCACUGGGUUAUCGCCUACAAUCCUUUGGUAAUGGCGCCAGUGAUAUCUAUGAAAGUCUUUAUCAUCAUGCUGCCCACAUACGCUUGACGGCCAUACGAAGUUUGAUUGGAAAUCUUAAAGAUUAUCAGAAGAGGCCACGCAACUAUCAAUUGCUCAAAGAAUGUCUGGCUGAUCGUAUUGUAGAUGAUAACGCGGAAAUAGUAGAGGAAAUCCUUAAACUCCCCACCACUGAUAUAUUGACAAUAAUGGGAGCCCAGAAAUUCGUGGAAGCUCUUAUGGCAAUGUUAUAUAAAUUACAAAUCGAUCCAGGACAAUGGGCCAAACUAAGCACCAAGGUGGUGCAGCAUAUAACCAGCCAAAUGGUUAUCGAAGAAUAUGACAAUAACUUGAUAUUGAUAGCCAUAAUGCCUUUGAUAUUCCCCGUUAACAGUGAGGCCACCUGUACCAAGGCAAUAGAGGAAAUCGUCAAAAGUCCAUUGGCUGGCAGGAUACAAUUUCUAAAGAAAUUGCAAGUGAAGGCAGGCGAUAAAUUCAAUGUGGCAGAUUUUAAGAGACAAUUCCUGAAUGUGGUCAGCUCUAGUCGAGAAACCCCCAAUGUGCUGGCCCUCUUUGAGAGUGUGCAGUCGCAGGGGGAGGAUUACUUGCGGCAGACCAUACAAUUGUACCACUUCCUUAUGUUGGUGACGGCCUGUUUGAAACACAACUAUAAGGCCCGGGAGAGUCUGCAGAUCUUUGAGCAAAUCUCUGGCUAUUGUCGCAAAUUCAAACUCAAACAUUUGGAAAAUGAGCAAUGGAAAUUCAUAAACCAAUUGCGCUAUAUACCCUUGGAAUUGUUUAGUGAUUUUUUGCUAAGCCUAACAAAGCAAACGGAUUUAAAUGCCUUGGCCCAGGUCUCAUGGGAAGAUGCCAAUGUACAAGAGGAGCUUCGAUAUUUCAUUAAAGUUUUGGAAUUUAUUGCGGAGCAAUGUUUUAGCAGUGACAAAAAAGCGGAGGAGCAGUUAGAAUGGUCGAAAAUCUUAAAGGAACUUUUUGAUAAUGUCUUUAGGGCGGAUGCCACUUUGAAAGCCAACUUUUUGGUCAACUUCUAUGUGUAUGAGGAGAGAGCCGAAUUCCUGGACUACCCAGUAAUGCGUUUAAGGGCUUUUAAGCUAAUGCAGGCUUUGUUAAAGAAUACCCAGCAUUCGAAGGGAUUAAAAUUGGAAGCUGAGCAUAUACUGAAAAUUUCCAUAGCCUUGCUAAGUUCAUCACAGGUUUUGAGAUUAGAGGCCUUGCAGACCUUGAAAACUCUGAUGCAGGCCAAUGUCGAUUUGAAUGAGACCUCAAAAGUUUUUGUUAAAUCCCUGCUGGAACGCUGGGAAGAGGUGUCCAUGGACAAUGAACAAUUUCCCUUGAUUGUUUAUGCUCUACUCAAGUUUGGAGAAAGCAAACAAACUCAGCAAAUGGGCUCCAAGAUGUUGAAAGACAUUUUAAAGCUGCUACAAGGCAAUGAGAGCUUGGAGCAGGCGGUAUUUGCCAAGCAAUUGCUUAGAAUGAUAGUCCAUAUCAAUGAUGAUGAAGAUAUGGUCAGCAAACUCAUACCUCUAGCUUUGCAGACACUGCAGAAGUAUUCACUGGAAAAUUCCUUGAAAAUUUUGGCCGAACCCUAUGCCUCAAUCUUUCGUUUGAUCUGCGAGCGUCUCAAUGUUCAAAGCAUAGAAAAUGUCUUGAUGGACAAUCCCAAGGCUUGGCAGUUGAUGGAGUUGGUAUUCCACAGCAACAUGGUAUACCUCAGCGAAGGGGGAAGUUUGAAGCCAGUGCCUUGUGUGUUUCUGGAGUGCCUGGAUGAGAGGGUAUAUGAGAAAAUGCCCUCCAAGUUUAAGCAACAAUUUCUGCUGUUGAUUAUAGGUACACUGGCUGAAGCUGAAAAUGAUUCCAUCUUUUUGGCAGCCAAUAAACUUCUGAAGAAAUGCCAAAUGGAUUGCCGACCUUUGGUAGAGGUUUUGCAAAAUAUGUAUAAAUCCUGCGUGGAGCAGGGCAAUAAAUCCCCAGCCCCUCAACGCCGUCAAGGAAAAAAACGCGAAACCAUGCAAUCACCUGUGGUGCAAGUGCAAGGUGUCGAAUGGAAGCAGGGCAUAGUGCUGAUGGAAUUGCUGGAAAAUAAAAAGAAAUUGGAAAAUACUUCCCUCCUAAUACCGCCCCUCUUUGAUCUGCUUAACUGCUGCCUGGCUGUGGAGGAACAGUCUUUGGUGGAGUAUACCAAACAGUUGGUGUUGUCGGCUUUAUUGCAUUGCUGCCAGAAGGCUACUGAAGAUGGCUGCAAUUUGCAAACCUCCUUACCCAAAACCACCUUCCGCAUGGAUCAAAUAGUGCAAUGCCUAAGGGCCUCUCAAAAUCCCCAGACACAUCACAAUGCCUUGCUGCUACUGUCCCACUGUGCUGCUCUAUUCCCUCAGCAAGUGCUUCAUAAUAUUGUGGAUAUUUUCACAUUUAUGGGCUCCUCGGUGGUGCGUCAUGAUGAUGCCUUUAGUUUCCACAUCAUCAAUGACAUCAUAGUCUCUAUUGUGCCCAUUUUGGUUGAGGACAAAUCCGCUGUCAUACCUGUCCUUAAAGUUUUCUCCGAUAUAAUGCUGGAUGUGCCUGAACAUAGGCGCCUGCCUUUGUAUACCAAACUUAUAAGCACCUUGGGCUCCGAACAAUAUCUUUGGAUGUUUUUGUGUGUGGUCUUUGAGGCCCAUGUCAUCGAUGAUGAAAAGCAAAGACUUUUGCAAAAGAAAAAUCCCAAACCGCCCACGGCUGCCAGUCAUGAUCAAGUGGCCAAGAGAAUUGAAAUUGUUUUGGAGCUGAGCAAUAGUUUUGCUCCACCUAUCAUUUUGGAUAGCUGUAUACAGCUUAUGAAAUACAUUGCCGAAUUGCCCAUGGCCAAGCAGCAUAAGCCCCAAAGUGGUAAAUCUCUAACAGCAAAUGCCGAUAGCUCGGAGGCUUGUCUGUUUGAUGUUCAGGCCCGCUCUGCCAAACAAUUGAGGCAUUAUAAAUAUGUCAUCAUGCAAUUCCUCUCCACCAUAACCUCCUCCCACGAAUUCCUUAAGAAAAUAGCUGCCCUCGGCGAUGAAGAGCUGCUGGAAAUGAAGAGCUUCUAUCAAAAGUUCAUCAUACGCAUAUUGUCCUAUGUGCCCUUGGUCACCGCAGCCAUUGAGAAAGCCGAAGAAACUUCGGAACAGAAAUUCUGGAAAGUUAUUUUACAUCAUCUGCACGAUGUUUUGGACAAUUCCAUAUCCUUGCUAUCGGCUGAAAUGUUUUUGGUGGUGGUCAAUGGUCUCAUGCAACAUCAACUUUUAUCCAUACGCAAGAAAGUCAUUGAAUUGUUGAUCAACAAGCUACAGCAAAAGGAUGCUUUCUUUGAGGCUGUCAAUCCCAAGCAUUUCGAUAAUCUUCUAAAGCCUUUAUCCGAAAUUAUUGGUGGUAUUUUGGAACGCAGUGAUGCAGCUGCUGCUGCUGCUGGGGAGCAUAACGAAUUGGUGUUUUUGCAACAAACUGCUUUGAUUGCCAUCAAACUGCUGUCCAAAUCAUUCGCCUUCAAACACAUUGCCGAAUUCAAAGAGAUGUUGACCACCCUCACCCUGAUUGCCAAACAGCGUGCAAAUAUUUCCAAAAUUGUUUUGGCCACCGUAGUUUUGACCAUGAUUGAAAUUUCUUCGAAUUUGAAAGCGCACUCAAUCGCCCAUUUGCCCAAAUUUAUGCCUCAUCUCAUCGAAAUACUUCAGGAUCAAGCUGAGCUGGUGAGACAACAGGCGCCGGAUAAUGUUUGUGUGGCCAUUGUUACGGGAAUGCAAAAGCUCUUUGAAGCUCUGCCCCUAUUCUUGGGACCUUACAUUGUGGACAUCAUCACAGCUCUUAGUUCAGUGGGAACCCGCAUUAAGGCACAGCAUAAUGAAAAAGAUCAAAGAUCUAGUAGUGCUUUGUUGAAAAUCAACAGCAUUUGGUCAAAAAUCGCCACAGAAGUUCCCUUGCGUAUAUUGGUACCGUCCUGUGAUAAGGCCUAUGGCAAAUUGAUGACCACCAAAAACUAUGCAGACAUAGCAGUACUCAUGAAACUCCUACAUCAAGCCAUAACACAUGCACAAAACAAGGACUUGGCCAUUGUUCUUGGUGAAUUGACGUGCAUCUUUAUGCAGGCUUUGGAAUUCCGCUUGCAAAUGAAACAAUCCAAAAUGUCUAUGGAUGUCAUUGUCCAGACAGAAUCCUCGAUUAUAGAGGCAUUUGUGGCAUGGAUUUUGAAACUGUCCGAGAGUUCAUUUAGGCCACUUUAUCAUAAACUCUACAACUGGGCCCUGCAGGAGAACUCACAGAAGGAGACAUUGUUGACCUACUUUCUGUUGACACAAAAAAUAGGAGAAUCCUUAAAAUCGCUAUUUGUACUCUUUGCCAGCGAAUUCAUAGAAGAUGCGGCACGUCUGCUCAACGAAUGUAAUGCGCACAAAUUCGAAGUGGAUACCCCUGAAGAAUAUCUCACCACAGAACUGUUGAAGGCCAUAUUAAAUACCCUACACAAUAUUUUCCUAUAUGAUAGUAAGGAAUUUGUAAAUGCCCAACGUUUUGAAUAUCUCAUGCCUGCCAUUGUUGAUCAAUUGGAGAAUCGUUUGGUUUUAGAAGAUGAAGGUCUGCAGCAAGCACUCAGCCAGUGCAUAGCCCAACUUGCUGUGGAUGUGUCCAGUGAUGUGUUGUGGAAGCAGUUGAAUUACCAAGUACUGCUCAAGACACGCACCAGUCAGCCUGAAGUUCGUAUAUUUGCCUUUAAUUGUUGCGUUGAGAUAGCUCGUAAAUUGGGCGAGGACUUUACACCAUUGCUGCCUGAAACCGUACCAUUUAUUGCCGAACUAUUUGAAGAUGAAAAUCCACGAGUGGAAAAGAAUACAAGAAAAUCGGUACAGGAAUUAGAAGUCAUAUUGGGAGAAUCAUUACAGAAAUAUUUGUAAAAAUGCAAAGAUUUUUUUUACAUUGCUUUGAAAAAUUUUUAAGCUUUUACAUAAAAAUAAAGUUGAAAAAAUA